AUGUAUCCCAAGUCACUGCAGGAUGUCAUAGAGGGGGAUGUGGUAGGACAGGGGUACCACUCUUUGGUAAAACAGAUUCAGGCACGAAUUGAAAAUGUGAAGAGGUCUACUUUACCAGUGUUACAGAAGCGCAAACAGGGAGGAUCAGAUGACACCGAUGAAGUGACACCUGAAAAAGACUUUCCUCACCAGUCUGGAAAAGAAGGAAAACGGCUUCUGGACUUUCUGAAAACCACUUGUGCAGACAAGAGCAAGCGUGUCUUGGAGGCUGUCAUAAAGCUUCGAAUGCAGAGGGGACAGCUGAAGGGCUGCUCAGAAGACGUGAAAGAUAUGAUGCUCCUCCUCCUCUCCUAUUUUGAUGAAAAAGAGGAGACCCUCUUCCACUAUGUUGAUGAAACAUGUCUGGCAAAAGAAGUCCAAGUGGAAAGCCUGCCUGUGACACCAUGUAUCAUUGUUUGUGGAUCCUCCUGCUUUGCAUCGAGACUGUUCAUGCUCAGCAUUGACCACAAAGUUGUAAAUGACCAAAUAACUGACUUCAUCUCUGCAAUCUGUCUGAUGCUUGGUAGCUACUACUGCCUGAACAUCCACUAUCCCUGGAACUUGGCUCCACACUUGAAUUUCUUCAGAGUUAUCCCAGCUGAUAUUGAGUACUGUGCUCUUACCUGA